AUGUUUUGGAAGCUGCUGGCCGACUUGGGCGGAGCUUGUGCCGUUUGGCACAGUGCCCUUCAGCGAGACCACUCAGCGCGGAAUAAGGUGACCGUUGUGGUCCACGCAGUCCAAGUGGCAGCUGCCGCACUUCCUCUGCAAGUGGCGCUGAACGGUCCUGAAGUGGACCUGUUGGCCGAAGCGAUUGAAGCAGCGAAGACGGGCGCGGUCAACUUUGAGACCUUGCUGCGAUCGGUGUCACAGACGCAAGAUGAGACCGCAGGCAAGCGGAGUGUGAUCAAUCUGCCUGGUGGUUUCAGCUUCAAUGGGCAUCAGUCAGCACUGAGCCAACUCACAGCGUCACAGCAGAGAUGUUUUGGUACAGGUGGGAAGGUUCCGGAGACCCUUUGGGCCUUCUUAGGUUUCUGUCACCGGAUUGGUGUCCAUAUGUUUGCUACCUUUGGACGGCUGAGGUGUGGCUGCAGUGCCAGGAUGAAAGCUUUGGGGCGCUGCUGUACAGCUGCCUGGAAGGACUUCAAUGCGACGUCCCAUCCGUGGAGCUCCGUUGGUGGCCUGCAAGACCUCUUCUUUCGCCGGGUCGAAGCUCUCUCAGCGGAAGGGCUGCGUGAGCAUCCUGCGUUGAUCUCGUAUGAUGACACGGGUGAGGAAUCCGGCAGGAUGAGCUAUCAGGAGUUGGCCAUACUGAGCCGCCGGGUGGCUGCGCAGCUUGAGGCAGCGACCUGCGGAGUUUGGAUGCCUCGAUGCAGCGAGGUGGUGGUCUUGGCGCUGGCGAUUUUACAAGCAGGCGGAACCUAUGUCCCCUGCGACGAGCGCCUGCCCUGGCCUCGUGUUUUGUACAUGCUGACCCUGUCCUCAGCGAAGCUGGUGAUCGCAGGAGCCCAGCAGCUUCAAGGCAUAUCGCUGGAAGAAAGUGGUCACCCCUUGCGAGCUGUGGCUGCUGAAAGUUUGUUGCAGGACUCUGGAUUGGAGAGCACUGAGACUGUCCCUAAGACUGACCCGAAAAUCUCAGAGGAGUCCACUGCCUACAUCAUUUUCACCUCGGGCUCCACAGGCUGUGCUUGCAAACCAAAGGGUGUGGCAGUCAGUCACCGGUCCAUUAUGCACCUGGUGGACUGGGUGAUGCUUAGCGUGAAACGAUGGGUCUUUUCUCUGAACCAGGUUGUUUUCAAUGCCCAGAGAUUCACGAAACAGAAGGGCCGCAAGGCGCCUCUGCGAUUUGGUCACAGCAAUUUGUACCUUGAUCCAAGGAAUACAACCUACAACGUAACCUCACAGGAUUCCUUACUCUUCAUCACUUCCAUCGGUUUCGACCUCUCCUGCUACGACAUUUUUGGAUCCCUAGCCGCUGGCAGUAGCAUCCACAUCUGUCCAGCCAGCUUGGCACCCCAGCAGAUUUUCCACUUGCUGGUGAAGCAGAAGAUCAGCUUUUGGGAUUCCGCGCCACAAGUUUUGCAGCAGUUGGAACCACAUUUUUCUCAGUUGAGAUCUGAGUUGAGAUCUGAGGGAUCCCUGGGAUCUUUUGGAUCCCUCCGCCUGGUUUUUCUCAGUGGCGACUGGAUCCCCCUGUCCCUGGCGGAACGCGCGGAACGCGCGGAACGCGCGGAACGCGCGGAACGCGCGGAACGCGUCCAACUGGUGGCCCUGGGGGGCGCUACGGAGGUGACUGUGUGGUCCAACAGCUUCGAGGUCCGGUGGGUGGAUCCACGCUGGCGCUCCGUGCCCUAUGGACGACCCAUUUGGAACCACCAGUACUACUGCGUUUUCCAAGGUGAGGAGCAGCAGCUGGAACACCUGCAUUUGGGGAUGACUGGAGAACUGUACAUUGGUGGUAUUGGAGUGGCACAAGGCUACGUUGGACGUCCAGAUCUCACCAAUGAACGCUUUGUACCGCACAACUUUCAUGGUGGACGGAUGUAUCGAACGGGUGACAUGGUGCGCUUCAUGCCACUGCAGCCCUGGGGUCAGCUUUCAGUAGAUCGACUUCCACAAGCAGAUGAAGUCGUCUUGGAGUUCUUGGGUCGUUUGGAUGGCCAGGUGAAGCUCCGUGGCUUCCGCGUGGAGCUCUCGGAAGUCGAAGCCGUCCUGGCGCAGCUGGGCGUUUCGGCCUCCGUGGUGCUUUGCGGCGGCACGGCGCAGCAACUGGUGGCGUUUCUGGUGGCGGAACUGCGGGAGGUGCCAAAGGUCAAGGAAAAGAUGGGGGAACUCCUGCCGUAUUACAUGGUGCCGGAGAUGAUCUGCUUGGAUUCUCUGCCGUUGAGUCAGAGUGGCAAAGUGGAUCGUGCCAAAUUGAAAUCCAUAUGGUCCAACCGAAGAGCUCUUGAGUCAACUUCAGAGCGCGGGGCUUCUGGUGAGCCGGUGACGGAAAUGCAACGACACGUGGUUCAAGCCUUUCAGGAAGCACUGGGUCUUGAAUCGCUUGGCAUUUUCGACAAUUUUUUCGAGUUGGGUGGUCAUUCCUUGUCGGCCAUUGGGCUACAGAAUGCCCUGAGCUCCAGAGGAAUCUCGGUGACGUUGCAGGAGGUUUUUCGUGCUCAGACACCCGAGCAGAUAGCGAAGAUGUUCGACAAGGGAGCACAAUGUCCGGUGACAGAAAUGCAACAACAUGUGGUUCAAGCCUUUCAAGAAGCAUUGGGUCUUGAAUCGGUUGGCAUUUACGACAACUUUUUUGAGUUGGGUGGGAACUCCUUAGCUGCCACGGAGCUACAGAAUGCCUUGAGCUCCAGAGGAUUGUCAGUCACAUUGCAGGACGUUUACCGCGGUCAGACGCCCGAGCAGAUAGCAAAGAUGUUGGACAAGGGAUCACAAGAGCAGGCCGAGCAAGACAGCUGCAAACGUCUUCGCUGUGAACGCCAUGACCGGGGCAGCAAAUGUGCUGCGUCCUUCGCGCAAGAGCGCUUGUGGCUGGAGGAACAACUUCAUCCAGGCAUUGGGUAUUGGUGUAGCCCCACUUACAACAUCCCGUUCGCCUUCCGCAUCAACAUCCACCAGCAGACUGAUGUCGAGCAGAGCCCCUUCCAGCAGCUGCUGAGAGCGGUGCUAAACCUGGUGAAGCGCCAUGAAGCGCUACGCACGGUGCUGCUAGGUGAAAUGGAGGCGUCUGAAAGCUGUCGGCUUUCGCAACGAAUCCUCGACAUUGAAGACAUUUAUCUUCCAGAAUCAAUGCCAUUGAGGAAGACAUUCUUGUAUAGUUGGCUCUGCUUGCAGCAAAUCCCGGCCAAUAUUCCUUGCAGGGAGACCUUUGCAGCCGAGAUGAUGCGAUGCGAUUCAGCGGAAGGCUUCCAGUUGGACUGUGGCUUGAUACGAGUCCUCAUCUUGGGAAUGGAGAGCAAUAGCUUCUUUCUGUACUUCAACAUCCAUCACGCAGCCUUCGACGCCCACUCUCAGGCACUGCUGGAGCGAGAGCUUCGUCGAGAACUCGCAGGAGAUCCUGCGGAUGCUGGUGAUGUGCAGUAUGCGGACUAUGCAUUGUGGCAGCGAAGCUGGUUGGAGGGUGGAGAGUCUGAGCGGUGCUUGAGCUACUGGAGAAAGAAGCUGGAAGGUGGAAAACUUGCUCUUUGCUUGCCAGAAUGUCCAAUGAAGUCCUCGGAUGCUCCUGGAGUAGUGACGUCUCUGUGGCCUGUGGAGCUCAUGGCAGCCCUGGGUGCGCUGGCACGACAGCACCAGGCUUCAGAGAUGGCGUUGCUGCUGUCUUUGUUUGGGCUUCUGCUGAGUCGCAACUUUGAUCAGGACGACCUUCUGGUGGGCAUCCCAGAAGCAGGUCGCAGUGGGGAUCUUUCGGUGCUCCAAAACAUCAUGGGAUUCUUUGUGAAUACCCUGCCCAUCCGCCUAUCCUUCCAACACAAGGCGCCAACUUUUGGCGAGCUGCUGAAGAGGACGCAGCAGACCUUGUUUGAAGCGAUCGACCACUCUGCCAUACCUUUCCAGCACUUGGUGAAUGAAAUGCGGCAGCACCAGGAGGUGGAUGGCAACCAGCUGCUGCAAGCUUUCUUCCAACAUGUUGUAGCUGGGCAGUCCCACAGUCCGCGCAAGGCUGCUGGCAUGGUGCUGGAGCAUUUUGAUUUCGAGCCCCAUCCAGCACCUGCAAAAUUUGAGGUGAGCCUCCAAACCAGCUGCAGUGCAGCGGGUUGUUUUCUCCGCUGGGAAUUCAUGCCAGAGGUCUUGUCCGUCACCUCAGUGAGGCUUCUGAACCGCCAUUUGUUGGCCAUGGCUCAGCGUUUGGUGGCGGAAGGGGCACAGAUUCCAGUGGCACAUCUGGCAGCAGCCCCUUGGGAUCAGCGGGAUGCCAUCCACAACUGGAGCUUGAGCCAGUCACCACCGUUACCAGAAAGUCGUGUUGAAGAUCUUUUUAUCCAACAGGCGAGGCGAAGUCCCAGCCAAAGUGCCGUGAUGCUUGGUGAGGAGCGGCUAUCCUAUGGGCAGUUGCUGGAAGCAUCGCGAAGCUUUGCAGAGGUCUUGAUGUCUCACAGGACCGCUGAUCCAUUGGUUGUGGCCAUCCUCUCUGAUCGUUGCUUGGAGCUGCCCAUGGCACUCCUCUCGGUGCUGAUGGCUGGGGGCAGCUUCGUGCCGUUGUCACCGGAGUUCCCAAAGGAACGUCUGCAGUGGAUGGUCACCGAAGCCAGGGCUCAGCUGGUGGCUGCUACUGAGGCAUUGUCUGACUUGGGCUCCUUGGGUUUGCCGCUCCAGGUCAUCCCAUCCAUUGGAAAAAUGGACAGUUCAGGAACUCAGCGGAUGCUGAAAAGUACGAAACCCAACUUGGUGGCUUAUGUGAUUUUCACCUCAGGAUCAACUGGCAAACCCAAAGGGGUUGCAUUGUCUCACAGAGCACUCUUGUCACACCUCAUGCCCUACAUCCGCGUUCUGAGACUUGGGUCCCAGGAUCGAGUGCUUCUGACAAGUUCCUUCACCUUUGACAUGGCGUAUUCACAGAUCUUUGGAGCACUGCUGAGUGGCGCUUGCCUUGUUUUGACCACCGAAAACCCCAUGAUCGAUCCCUUGGAAUUGCUGGAGAUUUUGCAGAAAGAGACCAUUUCUUUCACCACUUUGGUACCUUCAGUGCUGUCUUCCAUGGUGCAUCUCAAGAAGAUGCCAUUUUCCUUACCGGCACUAAGGCACCUGGGCUGUGGAGGGGAGGCACUCAAAACGGCCACUGCAGAUUUCUUGCGCUCUUGUACUUCUGCAGUUCGAACGCCUCUGUUUUUACACAAUCGCUAUGGUCCCACUGAGUGCGCCAUCAAUGCUUUGCUUUUUGGACCCACUGGAGUCACUGGAGCCAUGCCAAACCCGGAGAUGGACUUUUGGCAGGAAGAUGUGCCUAUUGGAUGGCCUUCCGGCCAUCGACACAUUGCCAUAGAUUGCACCAGAAUGGAUGGACACGGGGAGCUGAUUCUAGCUGGUUUAGGACUGGCCCUUGGCUACGUCUCCAGGUCUCAGAAAUCUUCGUGCGACGGCAGUGACGGCAGUGCUUCUUUUCAAGCGAAUCUCCGUGGCGCUGGGCGGCAAUAUCGCACGGGCGAUUUGGCAUGUCGCAUUUUUCGAAAGAGACCAGGCCCACAAGCGAUGCCAUCUGGACAGGAACACGCCAAUGGCUGUGUGCGCUUUAUUGGUCGACGGGAUUCUCAGGUGAAGUUGCAGGGGCAACGGAUCGAACUCAGCGAAAUUGAGGAAACCAUCUGCAAACUGCCUGAGGUGGAUACCUGUGUGGUGGUUCAUGUGACUGGAAACCACUCUGGCAGCUUAGUAGCCUUUAUCUCAUCAGCCAGUGAUGUGAGGGAAACAGUGAGAUCUCAGUGUGAGAAGUUCCUUCCAAGGGCCAUGAUCCCUCAGAUUCAGUUGUUGAAAAUGACGUCCUGGCCUCGGACCAGCUCUGCCAAGAUCGACCGUGCUGCACUGGUGGACAUGGUGAGUCCGCUGAGUCCGAGUGGAUCGGAAGAUCCAUCUGCAAGUGCUGUUGGGAUCUUGCUGGAGGUUUUGCUGCAAAUCUUCGGUUCCGCCGUGUCGCCUUCCUCGCUGCUGUCCCCCUUGGGUCUCAGCUCGUUGCUGGCGCUGCGCAUCAGCGCGCUCUGUGCCCAGCGCGGCCUGCGGAUCUCCGUGCGCGCCCUGCUGGCGCCGGAGGCCACGGCGGAAACCGUGGUGAGACAGCAAGGUCAGCUGGAUGGUCUCCAAGAAGCAUUGGAUGUUUUGCUGGGCAGCCCCCACUUGGUACUCCGAGACAUCGGCGGCGCUGGUGGCAAUGCCUGCGCCUGGGAGGUGUUGAUUUGCCCCGGUGAUGGAGGGGUUGGUAUCGAAGGUUAUCGGCCCUUGGCUUCCAGACUGAGCAAGGUUUGUCAUGUCCUGGUUGCUGAUGGCCUCUUGAGUAUUGAAACUCAGAGCCUGAAAGCCAUGGCAGAAGAGAUCCUGAAGCACUGGCCACGAAGAAAGCCUCGAGUGCUCUUGGGACAUUCCUGGGGUGCCGCCCUCGCUCUACAACUUGCAUCCUUGGAACCAGCUGAGGCAGUGUGGCUGCUGGAUCCUUCGAAGCACCACUUUGUCGGCCAACCAGAGGCGCAAAGCAAAGAGGCAUCCACUGCAGAGCUCUUGGAACUACUGGCACGGCUUUGUCGAGAUGGCAAGGGUCAACAGCUGAAGGAUUUAGUUCCUGCAGUUCGACAAGGGGAUGGCGCUGUGGAAAAGAUCAUGGGAGCGAGAUCCUUCCAGCGCUUCCUGCGAGCAGCUGAAGCAAGGUCCAGGAACCUGACUUUUCGCAUGUCAGCAGCCACGGUGCAGAGCGCACUGCAUGUGGUCCUGGCAUCAGACAUCGAAGAAACGCAGACGCAACGGCUGCUGGACGUUGAAACGAUGAUGUCGGGCAUAUCAUCCAAUUGGUCAGUUGCAUGGUCGCCGGGCAAUCACUAUUCUAUGCUGGAGCCUUCCAAUUGUGAUGAGCUUUCUUCAACCAUUCUGCGUUCACUCAAGCUGGCCUGA